UGAUUGAGCCUCCCGUGCGCUGCCUAUAUAUUGGUUACAUGAAAAAAAAUAUAUACAUGAAAUUACCCUAGAUUGAGGUUCAACUCGACCCCUUGUGCGGGGGCAUUGAUUCUACUUGAUUAGAGUUUAAAGCAUCAAUAUAUUAAGAAAUGCUUUUCCGUCUGUUUUUUAUGCUUCUAGCGGUCCCUUUUGCUGCGACAUCCGAGCUUUUUCCGACAGAACAACAGCCAAUUUUUGAUUCUGUUGGAAAGGAAAGACUUUGCGACACGGAGGAGCUCUGCCUAAUAGAGAACGACCUCCAACAGGUGCGGCUCCCCGGAUACGGCACAUUUAAAGGCAUUCUCGCGAAGAAAUCACUGGAAGGGGAUGAACUCCCUUCUUCUAUAUACGCUUGGCUAGGCAUUGACUAUGCUACGCAACCGGUCGAUGACCUCCGCUUCAACAAAGUUGGCCCACCAAACCCAUUUCAAGGCGUUCGGCAUGCCGACGCCUAUGGCGUUGCCUGCAUCCAAGAUUUUGAUUUCAUAACUGUCGCCCAAGGCGAACGGUGCUUGAAGGCCAAUUUCUUCCGCACCCCGGGACAUCACAAAGAGAAGCUUCCCGUUCUGGUAUGGAUCCAUGGAGGCAGUUUCAAUUAUGGUUCUGCGGAACAAUUUGAUGCUGCAUCGUUUGUUGCUUCAUCAAAGAACCCGAUGGUCGCUGUCACUUUCAAUUACCGCUUGAAUUCAUUGGGAUUUUUACCCUCGCCGUUGUUCAAGGAGGACGGUCUACUUAACCUAGGAUUACAGGAUCAAACCCUUCUUCUUGAAUUUGUCCAGAAAUAUAUUGCCCGUUUCGGAGGAGACUCUCAAAGGGUGACCAUUGGCGGCUUAUCUGCGGGAUCACACAGUACCGGUUUCCACUACCAACACGUUCGAGAGGAUGGCCCACCUCUGCUGUCGCAAGCCAUCAUGCAAUCUGGAUCUCCCACAUCAAGAGGGUUCCCUUCGCUAGAUUACCCUUCGUAUCAAGCAAACUACGCACAAUUUCUCGAUGGCCUCGGCUGUAUCGAUGCAGCUGAUGUGCUUUCGUGUUUGCGUAACGCGGAUGUUGACCUCAUUCGGAAUGUUUCAUCUACCAUGUGGAGGGCCAGCUUGUACAAUAUCACUUGGCCGUUCCAGCCGGUUCGAGGCGGCUUUUUGCUUGAGGAGGCCGGUUCGGAUCACUGGGACUCGGAUGAUUUCAACCAUGUUCCCGUUCUCACCAGCUCUGUCAGCAACGAGGGAAAUCUUUACGCGCCAUUGGAUCUCGUCACUAAUGAAGAUUUUCUACACUUCCUUCACAAUAUCGUACCUGGCUUGACGAAAGAGCACCUUUCAAAAGUUCAGGAUCUUUACCCUGAUCCAAAUACAUACCCUGAUUCUCCCUUUAGCGACUCACCAAUGUCUCCGCAGUACAAGCGCAUUGGUGCAGCAUAUAGCGACUAUGCUUAUAUUUGCCCUGUUCAAGAGACCGCAGUCAGGGUAUCAUCUGUAGAUCUACCGGCCUGGAAAGUAACCUUCAACACCAACAACUCAUUCCCGACAUACAUGGGCGUUCCUCAUUCAGCUGAUGCUCCCUAUUCAUACGACUCGCCACGAACGCAGUAUCCUGAGGUAUCUCAUUGGUAUCAUGCAUAUUGGGCCUCUUUUGUGACAACCGGAGACCCCAACAUAGCUCGUUGGCCAGGCACACCAGAGUGGCCCAAGUAUUCGCCCGACGAACGGAUGCAGAUUCAGGUCACGAAGAAAGAGGUAAUUGUCCAGAAGGAUAUCAAUAGAGCCGAAGCCUGCGAGUUUUGGAGGUCUAUUCCAAAAUACCUCGAUCGAUAAUCGAGGAGACCAGGUCUUACGACAAAAGAGAGAAAUGUACAAAUAUCAAAGAAUUUUCAUCUCAGUAAUAACGGGUUAGAAUCGAGUUUGUCGUGCAUAAUUAACUGCUAGAAUGCUGCAAGUACAUAGCUGUCAGGCGC